AUGUCACUGCGUCGAGUAACAUUUAGUGGACGAUUUGCACAAAACGAAAGUAAUGCAGAAGAAUCAAGAACUAUGAUUAUUGCUAAAGGACUUUUUGCUUUAACAGUCGAUGUUGGAAUUGCAUUAGCUGUAGCAUUUUAUGCAUUAAAUAUGUUUGUUGGCAAACUUGCUAUACCAUAUGAACGUGGUUUCUACUGUUAUGAGGUACCACAUAUUAGUAAUCCGUUUCGUCCAAAUACUAUAUCAACAAAACAUUUGCUAGCUGUAUCCAUUGCUUCACCACUUUUCAUCAUCCUAUUAGUAGAAGCUGUAGUAUUUGUAAUAUCUGAUGGUCGAAAUAAAUUGCGCAAAUAUUUUCACUUUACCACAUCAAUCUAUCUCAUGUAUAUUGUUUCAUUUGUUAUUGCAACAUUUAUAAUGGAGGUGCUGAAGUGCGCAUUCGCUCGAUUAAGGCCACACUAUUUAAGUGUUUGCCAACCGAACUGGAAGGAAAUCAACUGUACCGACCCAAAUGCUUAUAUCGAAAGUGUAAAUUGUUUGGGAACGAAUAUGCAUCGAAUUCGUAUCGGACGUCAAAGUUUUCCAAGUGGUCAUACAUCAGCUGCUGUAUUGCUCUUUUUAUUCUUUUAUUUUUACCUGAAAGGUAUUGUUGAUGCUACUGGCAAUAAAUUGUUACGAGUAAUCCGUUUUACGGUGCUAAUUAUAAGUGGUACAUGGACAGUAGUGGUAAUGGUAACUCGUAUAACUGAUUAUUGGCAUUAUCCGACGGACGUUUUAGGUGGAAUAAUAUUAGCUCUUUCAUGCGCGUAUAUUUUUAUUCGGAAGACACACUCUUCAUUGGUAAUACCUGUGCACUGGAUGGCCUGUUUUGAUCCGGAUGAACUUGCCGAUUUUAUCAGAUAUCAAUGCAUUAUUAAUGCUGAUGAUAAUGGUCUAUGUAAGAAGAUAUUACGACCACCGGCAAGAAAAGCAAAACCUGGUGGUUUACCAUUAAAUUUUCGUUCUACAGAUGAUUCUGAUACGAGUAGUGAGGAACACUCUCCAUGCUAUUUGGCUACUCCUGAUUACCAGUCAACUUACGAACUAUUACAGGAACGAUUACGUUCUAGAAUUCAGGAAAAUGACCUAUCGGUUCAAAGUGAUGAAAAUAAAGAGAUAAAAAAUGAUGCAGUUAAAACACAACUGAGUACAUCAGAUUUGGAAUUUUUUCAAUGUGAUGAUAGAUCAUGUAGUUCAUCACCACUUCCUGCGAAAAAAUCCAUUAUUGGAUUACUUUUGGAGAAAACAGAUUUUGUAAUCAGAUCUGAUCUUGCAGCUUAUGCAAGGUUUGCUGCAUCGGAUAUCAAAAAUGGUCGAAAACUAUUAGUUUUCUACCCUUUUGCCGAAUCUGAACCAGGCAGUAGUAAAUGUUUUUCAUUAAUUAUCUAUGCUCAGUGCGAAAUUUGCAUUUCUGAUCUUGUUGGUUUAUGUUGCUAUGAAUAUGCACGGAUUCGAAGGACAAAUAGUAUUGAAUCAGUUACGCAAUAUCAUUUAUUGAUGGCUGAAGAAAAUGGUGAAGUGGAUCGAGACUUACCGGCAGUUGAUGGUCAUCGUUUAUUAAAUGAACUUGGCGCAUGUUGGUCAACGGUUGCUCUAGAGAAACGACAGAAUCUUAAUUAUUUGGGAUUAACAAAUGUUGUUGUGUAUACCAUAAGUGGUAAACAAUAUGAAUUUUCAAUGGAUUCAUUGGAUGUACCUUUGCAAUGGCUUCGUGAUCAGGCUAUCAAGAGACGUAUCGAGGAUGAGGGUCAAGAUUUCAUGAGUGAUUGCCCAGCUUGCUCUAGAGGUGAUUUUGCUCCAACAUGUAGUUCAAGUCUUAGUCAGGAACAUAGUUCAAUUUCAAAAAUUGAGGAACAUUUGAUAAGUUCAUUACCAGAACGACGGAAGUGCUCUGCUAUUCAAAAGAAUGGUUUUGAAUUAGGACCAAGCCAUAUGGAUCGAAUAAGAAGACGAAAUUCCAUAUUUUUACAUUUUUCUAUGAAAACUUUGUGCGUAGCAUGGGAUUACGUUGGUGGAGUUGAAAUCACUGAUCGCUCAAACUCAAAACGAGGAAUAAGGAUUGUUUGGUUAUCAUAUCCAGCAAUAAAUCAAUCAGAAGCACUACAAACAAGCAAAUUAAGUAGUAGCAUGCAACAUUCAACAUUAAGUUGCGAAUCAGAUAUAUUAACUGAAAAUUAUGAAUUAUCAAAGCGAAAGCCUUACGAUGGUGCAUGUUGGAAAAUAUUGCAGUUGGAGGCAGAUGUUGAUGAUGCUUGGAGUAUAGCAGAAAAGAUAAAUACCAUAAUCGAUAAUAUAAAUUCAACAGUUCGCCAAAUUUACAAAUAUUCAAAUGGUGGAAUUAAGAAGCCAAAAAAAGCAGCUGCAAAAGCAUUUAGUAGUGUCCCUGAUAUACAAUUCAAAAGACAAAAUAGUUCUGUUAGUCCUGCAAUUCGCACAGUAUCCCACUUAACUGCCACAAUGACAAAUGCAAUUCCGCUACUGUUGAAACUAUUGUCGAAACAUAAUUAA